AUGGAGACGAGAUACGGAUUGCCGUUCUUCCUCGAGGAUAAGACUGGGCGGCUGACAGGCUCCGAAUUCGUGGACAUACACGAGCGCAUGAAGCUCAUAUACCGCCGUCGAUUGAGCGACCACACCAGGGCGGUCUACGAGGUAUACGACACAACGUCCGGAACGUUCGACUCCUUCCGCACGCCCCGCAUCACCCUCACUUUCGGCGCGAAUAACGCCUUGGGAACUGUGAGCUUUGGGUCGGAGCACCUCGUGGCCAUGGACCGCUUUCUGUCCCAGGUUAAUCCGAUCGCUGGGUCACGACUGAGGCGAUUUAUUGGGUCGGAUGGAAACGAGUAUCGAUGGGGACAUCGUAUCGCGAAUAACGAAUGGACCUGUACGAAUCGAAACGGCGAGAUAGUUGCACACUACAAUCUGAAGGAUCCCAGCGAACCAGUGUACCAGAACUCGUCGGGGUGCAUGCUGACCGUGGAGGAGAACUUCGGUCACUUAGCAGCCGAGAUGCUCGCCACGGUGAUGGUCAUGAGGCAUAUUGUCGAAUACAACUUAUGA